AAAAUAAAUACUAUUUCUCUUAAGCACCCCACCAUUGCGUUUUCACCUUCUAUCUUCCUUUCGGCAUAUAGCAGGAAAUCAACAUAUCGGGAUGGCACCCACCAAGUAUCAUCGCUUCCGCGGCGGCGAACGGUGCGACGAAUGCGGCGCGCGGCAAUGGUAUGCGCAAGAUGCUAUUCGGUAUUGCCGGAACGGACACCGUAUUGAAGGAUUUGCCGAGCACGAGGGCGACGAGGACGCCUUUGGCACCCAGGGAAAAGUCUCGCGGAAGAAAAAAGAACCUAAGAAAAAGGUUGCUGUUAAACUCGCCGGCGACGAGGGGAGAGAACUAUACCUCGAGGUCCUGCAGCUUAUACUGCUAAAGCAGGUUUGGUGGCUCGUCCGGGACAAGGGCUUCCCUGAGGACUUCGAGGAGAUCGUGAGGGCGCUCUGGGCGCUGAGGGUACGAAACCUACCGUUGAUGGAGAGCGGAGGGGGAACCCGUAAGAGGAAAGGAGACGUUGGUGAAGAGUCGGAUGGCUACGCGUCCAGCGCGCAGUUGUUUAGCUCCCAGAGCGAAGGGACGGGAGCCGAGUCGUCGGCUUUCGAUCUCUCAGAUGCUACGACGGCUACUUGGGCCCCAGAUGCCGGUAGGCGAUGGAAAUUGCCGAAGCUCGUCGAUACCUUGGCGUUGUGCUACUUGGGAUGCUUGGUGCGACGGUUACCGGCUACGACGGCAGAUUUCUGCGGCUGGGCGCAAAGGGGGGAGUUGGAUUUUCUUGCAGCGUUUAAUAACAUUCCACGUAAUGUCCGAGACCGUCUUCCCGCAGAGUAUCAUCGUGCUCUGCAAGUUAGGGAUCAUAUCCCAGCGGGUCGACUGCAGACAUCGGUGCAAGAACUGGUGAUAUCGUUUAAGGUCAACUUCGACACCAUCUUCCCGCCGAUAAACUAUCAACCCAUACUUGUGCGACUCAUAACAGAGUUGACUCUUCCAGUCGAAGUAUACCUCGUAGUGAAAUGUAUUACGGAGAUUUUAAAGACGGAUUACUCUUAUUCUAUCAGAGGAAAACGGAUUCGGGCGAUGGACAACCCAGAAGUACUACUACUCGCUCUGGUUGUCGUGUCGGCGAAACUGCUUUAUCCAUUAGAUGGCGUUGAGCGACUUCCCCGAAACCACCACGAUCCUCGAAGCAUGACUAUCGACUGGGGAAAGUGGCAGGAAAGUAUGCAAAACGAUACGGUGGAAACAUCGUCUACAUUAUUACGAGGCGAGGAGUAUCAAGUUACCCCUGAGGACGCCCUUACUAUGGGAAAAGGAAAGAUGGACGACUUCAUGGACUGGUUUGAGAAGAUGUGGAUAGGAGACGGCGAACCAAGAACGGCUGAAAGGGUUCGAGAGCCUUUUCAAGGACAAAAACGACUAUCGCAACCAAGCAGUCUAAACGAGCAACUAGGAAAUAGGGAGAGAGACCAAAUAAGGGGCAGAUAUGAAGCCUUGAACAACUCUAUGAAAAUACUCGAGACAGUUCCUAUUGACACCGAAGACUUAAACAAGAAGAAGCAGUCUCAAGAUUUCUGUCCGGUCUGGCGCACACCAGAAGAGCUCCCAGACGCGGCUAAAGCUUUCUACGGCAAGGCAGCGAAUCUUUCGUAUAUACCGUUACAUACGCUGGUACGAGGUGCUACGCAGGUGGAAAGGCAGUUGGAGAUUUGGUGUAUUCAGAGAGCUAAAGAGCGAAACAAGGGGAAGGGCAAAGCGGUUUGGACUGGCGAUGAUUCUGAUUAGAAUGAUUUUCAAUAUAACUAUAUGACUUUUAA